AUGAAAUUGAGCGUUAAAAGUCCGAAUGGCAGAAUUGAAAUCUUUAAUGAAGUGGAUAACUGGACUUUUGCGACAUUGCGUCAUCAAGUGAUCGAGCGACUCAAUUUGAAAUGCGAUUUUUCAUUAUUUUUCGGUAACCGUCAAUUGCCGACAGAUGAUACAAAGCUUUUUGAAUCAGAUAUGGAAUUCGUUAGUGGAGAUCGCCUAAGAAUGGUUAUUAAUGAAAAUGGGCUUUCUUCUGCUGACAAUGCCGGUGAGAACUCUUCGUCAAAAAUUUCGACGACAAAUGGAAGUAGCAGUUCGGAUGUGAAAAAGAAUGGAACUGUUUUCGAAAUUGUGCUGGAUGAAAUGAAACAAGAAGGGUUUGAACGUAUUAAACAUGAAGAUGGUAAUAUGCGAUGGACAUUUCAUCAUCCAGAUUCAGUUCUUGUUGUUGAGAUCGAUUUUCGUAUUUAUAAUGAUCGACUAGUGAAGUAUGUUCACGCCACUGCUAGCAUCUAUCAUCCCUCCGGUCGGCAGUUUCUAGAACCAAUUGUUUUGGAGGAGAAAAGCGAUGAUUUAAAAAAGCAAGUUUUCGAGUGCCUCAUUUCACCGCUGAAAUUGGCAUUAUUUGGGCAUGAAAAUCCAUUUCUGCGUUUGCUGGGAGUUGGCGUAGUAGUUCAAUAUUUGUUCGAAAUGUUGGAUGCUAAAAGUAUGUUGCGCUUAGAGAGAACAAACAAAUAUGUUCUCAAAGUGUGCAGAGGUCAAGGAAUGGAAAGAAUUUGGAAACUUUUCUGCGAAAGGGAUUUUGGAAAAGAUGCUGGUGUAUUAAAAAAAGAGUCAUAUCGCGAAGCAUACAAAAGGCUGUACAUCCGACAUGUCCGAGAGCUUAAUUUUUUGCGAAAUCUGCUAGACCCUGAUUCCCAUUGUAAUGUUCCUGUUCCUGCACCUUUUUCAAAUCCAGUAUACAGUCCAGGAAACCCUGAUCCUGAUAUUCCUGAAGGCCCAUUUCACCCUCUGUCUCGUAACCCAUCCAUUCGAACUCGAAAUCCCUUCCCAUUUCCUGGUCCGGGAAAUCCUCUUGAUCCCUUAUAUGGUCGAGAAAUGUUUCCGAGCCGUCCCGUUAGACCAAGCGGUAUUCCUAGAGUAUUUCCACGUGGUCCUCGUUUUCCAGAUCAAGGAAAUAUGUAUCAUGGUUAUAUAUAG